UCGCUGGCCCCGUGAUCCCGCAAGCGAGUGACGUAUCCGACCUUUCCACCUCGAAACCAGCUCCUCUGUUUCUAGCACUACAUAUAUCUUUAUCGCUACCGAAUAUGCGGACCUAUCCCCUGCCGCUCACCAUUCUAGCCCUCUCUUCCGUCUCUCACUCACAGCUUGUUCCGUUCUCCUCUCUUUGGUCACGAAAACCCGCAAACGAGCUUCAGCAGGCACCCAUUAUGGCAGACACGAACGGCCCUGGAAUUCAGCUGCCUCCCUCGUCCGACGGCAAUCCUCCACCUCCACCUCCCAAAGGCGAUGUCAUAAUAUCUGACGUGAUCGGAAACACACGGCAGAUCAACAUCUUCGCCGGCUUCACGCGAGACAUCGACACAAUCUCAUCCCGCUUAGACGAUUCGUCUCAGAAUAGCACCAUUCUUGCGCCCCUGAACUCUGCGAUUUCCGCACUGCCACGAAAACCCUGGGAAGAUCCCCGAGAGUAUGCUGCGCUAGGUGCGAACGCGUACGAGGGCAAAGAUGGAGAGGACCGGGCUCACCGAAAUUUGAGGAGAUUCACGGAGGCUCAUGUCGUACCCGAAAGCCCAUGGAAGAAGGGGGAAAAGGUGAAGAGUUUAGGUGGAAACGUACUGUGGUGGGACGUCAAGGACGACGAGAAAGCGUAUGUGCAGCCGGGAGAUGUGGAGGUGGAAAGAGUCGCGUCCAUGGUGGGCAACGGAGAAGUGUGGGUGCUGAAGGGAGUCUUGAACUAUGCCAGCUGAGGAGGAGAGUGUUGAUGAGGCUUUACGAAUGAUGAACACAAUGACAUUACGGCGGUAGCGCUUUCUAUGCUUCGAGGCCCGCCUCCCAAGCACGAACCUCCCGACACCCGAGGACAACAGUCUGAUUUCCCACAGUUUUGUG